AUGUUUAAUUUAGUAAAAUGUUAUAGUAAUGGAGAUGGGACAAGGAAGAAUUUAGAAAAAGCUUUUUAUUGGUAUCAAAAAUUAGCAGAAAAUGAUAAAGUAAAUCCUAAAAAUGAAGUUGAGUCAUGUAAUGAAUGCAUGCAGUGGUGCCAACAAUGUAAUGCUAGACGAUUUCAACAAGAUUUUUCAAAGUGGACUAGCAAAAAUGAAUUUAUUAAUGAAUUUAUUCAAGAAGCACAAUUAAAUGCUAAAAAUAGUUAUGAAAUUUUAGAAUGGAUACCUUAUAAUAAAUUGUCAAGUAUUGAUUAUUAUGAUAAAGGAGGAUUUAGUGAAAUCCAUAAAGCUAUCUGGUAUAGUAUUAUUUUAAUAGCAAAUUUUAUUUUCUUUUGCAAAAAACCUAAUAUUUUUUUUACAUCUAUAUAGUGGAAAUAUCAUUAUAAUUGUCAGAAAAAUUCAUUUUCAAAAUUUAUUCAAUUCUUUGGAAUUAC